CUCCUCACACUUUGCCACUGGGUUGUUCAGUCCCCAGGUUCCCUCAGUCCCCAGAAGGAGCCAGCAUGGACAAUCUCCUUUACAGUUUUGGAAGCAGGUUUGUUGCCAUGGAGUUCACAUUUUGACUGGAGUUGAGAAGUAUAAAGGUAACCAUUUGUUAUAGUUUCAACGAUCUGACAAAAAGAUAGGCUGUUGCUCUUCUUCUGGAAAAGCCUGAUUGGUAAGAUUCCUUUAAGGGCUCAGCCCCAAAGAGCUUUAUCCCAUCCCCUCACAGACUGAAAACUAAAGCCUGCAGAGACCUCUGAAGGAAAACCUGUCCCGGGCUCUGUCACUUCACACCCAUGGCUAACCCUGGAGGUGGUGCUGUUUGCAAUGGGAAACUUCACAAUCACAAGAAACAGAGCAAUGGCUCACAAAGCAGAAACUGCACAAAGAAUGGAAUAGUGAAGGAAGCCCAGCAAAAUGGGAAGCCACAUUUUUGUGAUAAGCUCAUUGUUGAAUCGUUUGAGGAAGCACCCCUUCAUGUUAUGGUUUUCACUUACAUGGGAUAUGGAAUUGGAACCCUGUUUGGCUAUCUCAGAGACUUUUUAAGAAACUGGGGAAUAGAAAAAUGCAACGCAGCUGUGGAACGAAAAGAACAAAAAGAUUUUGUGCCACUGUAUCAAGACUUUGAAAAUUUUUAUACAAGAAACCUUUACAUGCGAAUCAGAGACAACUGGAACCGGCCCAUCUGCAGUGCCCCAGGGCCUCUGUUUGAUGUGAUGGAGAGGGUAUCGGACGACUAUAACUGGACGUUUAGGUUUACUGGAAGAGUCAUCAAAGAUGUCAUCAACAUGGGCUCCUAUAACUUCCUUGGUCUUGCAGCCAAGUACGAUGAGUCUAUGAGGACAAUAAAGGAUGUUUUAGAGGUGUAUGGCACAGGCGUGGCCAGCACCAGGCAUGAAAUGGGCACCUUGGAUAAGCACAAGGAGUUGGAGGACCUUGUGGCUAAGUUCCUGAAUGUGGAAGCAGCUAUGGUCUUUGGGAUGGGAUUCGCAACUAACUCAAUGAAUAUCCCAGCAUUAGUUGGAAAGGGAUGCCUCAUUUUAAGUGAUGAGUUAAACCACACAUCGCUUGUGCUUGGGGCCCGACUCUCAGGUGCAACCAUAAGAAUCUUCAAACACAACAACACACAAAGCCUAGAGAAGCUCCUGAGAGACGCUGUCAUCUAUGGCCAGCCUCGAACCCGCAGAGCUUGGAAAAAGAUUCUCAUCCUGGUGGAGGGUGUCUACAGCAUGGAAGGUUCCAUCGUGCAUCUGCCCCAGAUCAUAGCUCUAAAGAAGAAAUACAAGGCUUACCUCUACAUAGAUGAAGCUCACAGCAUUGGGGCCGUGGGCCCAACCGGCCGGGGUGUCACGGAGUUCUUUGGACUAGACCCUCAUGAAGUUGAUGUGCUCAUGGGCACAUUCACCAAAAGCUUUGGAGCUUCAGGAGGUUACAUAGCUGGAAGGAAGGACCUCGUGGAUUAUUUACGGGUUCACUCGCAUAGUGCUGUUUAUGCUUCAUCCAUGAGCCCACCGAUAGCAGAGCAAAUCAUCAGAUCACUAAAACUUAUCAUGGGACUGGAUGGGACCACUCAAGGGCUGCAGAGAGUACAGCAACUUGCGAAAAACACAAGAUACUUCAGACAAAGACUGCAGGAAAUGGGAUUCAUUAUCUAUGGCAAUGAGAAUGCUUCUGUUGUUCCUCUGCUUCUUUAUAUGCCUGGUAAAGUAGCGGCUUUUGCAAGGCAUAUGCUAGAGAAAAAAAUUGGAGUGGUGGUCGUGGGAUUUCCAGCCACUCCCCUCGCAGAAGCUCGGGCUCGGUUUUGUGUUUCAGCGGCACAUACCCGGGAGAUGUUAGACACGGUUUUAGAAGCUCUUGAUGAAAUGGGUGAUCUCCUGCAACUGAAAUAUUCCCGGCACAAGAAGUCAGCACGUCCUGAGCUCUACGAUGAGACGAGCUUUGAACUCGAAGAUUAAGUUUCCUGGUCCUGAAUGACACAUAAAGACUUUGCGAGAAAGACCUCCCUCCUUGCCUCACAAGGAAUAUAAAUGGAUUUCUCCCCCUUCCUCAGGACAAUUUUGGUUCCCAGACCAGCUUGAUUGAACUGAGGGAGACGUUGUUGUUUUUAAUGUCUCCAGCUUGGACUGCAGAGACAAAAACAUGAUUCCAGAUUUAAGUCUCUCUUCUUCCAAGUAUUCUACUAGAAAUACACACACACACACACACACUUCUGAGAAUAUUUUUAAUGGCAAUAAGCCUGUGUUUUAGCUGCUACUGUGCAGACCCUUUCAGGGAUUCCAACCAAAUGCAAAUGACAGAAUUUAAAAUUUUUAUUCAGUAAGUUCACUAUGUGUUUACUUAUUCCAUCUGCAGAUGUAAGUGAGUGUGGUGGACAGUAGCCACCUUCCUUGUUCCACUCAUAAAAGCAUCAGCUAGAACUCAUCUGUAACAUGGGAAGUUCCAGGCAGGAGGGUAAAGAAAUGUUGUUUCUACCAUUUGUCACAUUUGGACGUUUUUCACAGACAAGUGUCAAAAGACAUAGUUAAUGUUUCGAGGGGGAAAGCAGAACUGAUCAACUGCGACUAGAGACGUCUUUGAAGGAAAUUUUCCUUUUCCUCUUGCUGGUCUCCUACAGUUUUACAGCUGAGCUUUUGAGGUUUGGAAAAUUCAAGAUGUUUGUUUCAUAAGAAAAGGGGCAGAAAGCAAGCACAAGACACUUUUAGGUCUAGACUAAAAUGGUAGUUACAACAAUUUGAACCUUGUUGGUGCAGUGCACGGUGAAUGCUUACCCUGCACAGCCUCUAUUACCUUAAGGAAUUAGUUGUCAUUUUCCUAUUGAAUUUUGAGUAAAUGGUGAAAUUCAGUGUCCUCUAGAAUUGACUCCCAAGAGUAUAUUUGAAGAAUGCAUUGAUUCAAGAAGGACAUUUAAAAGCAAAUUCUAACUUUUUCAAGACCAACACCCUUGUUUAGGCCUAUUAAAUUGUCCUAUCACUUGUUACAUGCCCUCUGAAUUGGGAGAAAGUGGGCUUGCACACUUUGAGGUAACUAACUGUAAUUUACUUGUGUUCUCUCUUUCUCGCUCUCUCUUCUUCUCAAUAUGAACACAAACCGCUAUGGAAAAGUAGCCUUUUGUUAAUCUGAUCUAGUUUGUAUAGAAAAAGCCCAUGGAGAACCUUAUCUUUAACAAGCUCCCAGAUGGUGCCCAGAUUUGGAAAUUCUAGAGAGCAGUGGUGACCUUUUAGCAAAGCUUCUGUAACAGUUCGAAUGAGUUGCAGAACAUUCCACUCCAUCAAAUGACACUGUAAACAAAUCACUUCAAGAGAGGCUUGGUUUUGUGUGGCACAGAUGGACCCAAGCUUUCAUGCUGUGCACUGAGAUAGAAACUCCACCAGCAGCGCCUGCGAUGGAUGGAGCAAUGUGCCCUGAUGCUCAAAGCGUAUUAAAGGAAAAAAAGUGAUCAGCAUGGAAAGUUUUUUAUGGGGAAAUUAUAACUCCAAGUGGGUGCAUUGGUUUAAAAAUGGAUCACAAUGAUAGAGUUCUUCAUGAAUGUUUACAAGUUGUAAGGAAUACCGUUAGUGAAAGAGGAAAAGAAGUGGGUUCUGAAAAUGCCGUUUCCCAUCCAAUGAUUUUGAUAACAAAAUUCCAACUUUUCUCAAUGAAACUGAUGCAGUAUUAUUUGUGCAAAUAAAAUGUGUCAUAAAUAUGCAAAGAAAGGGAGACAUACUGUUCUUAUCUUGAAUAUGUGCAUUUAAAUGAAAUUCUUGCUAGUUAAUUGUCCAAAAUGCAUAAAUGCCUUGCGUUCUAUAAAGGAAACAGGAGGUCAAAAAGACAGCAAGAUAUCUAGUCCUUCCACAAGGUAUGGAAAGCAAUAAACAUCUUCCUUCCUUUCUG